UCGACUUGAACGGUUCGACGACUGACGACCGCGCGCUCGCUCCGUCGGCUGUGUGUAGUGUGUGCAAAGCGUAAGUCUGGCUGAAGGCAAAGUUGAAGCCGCUGUUAAAAGUGAAGUUGUAGUGCGGAUAUUGUAAAUAUACACACGUAGAAAAUAGUAAAAAAUAGCUGCAGAGCAAUCAGUUAUGUGAACCUGCUACCAAACAACAGCACAUGUGUGUGUGUAUGUGAGUCUGCAAUUUGCUCAGAAGAACGCCACAAAAAUGCGGUGAGAUAUUCAUGCCUCCACUUCAGUCAAAUUUGUUUGGCUUGGCGCUUAUGGGUUUAGUCGCGGUUUUGCAGGCGCAGCGCGCAAACGCAACGGUUUUACAUAGAAAAUAUUUGUACAAGGUGUUAGUGAACUAAAGUGGAAUUUAUAAAAUUUUAAUUGAAAAAUUUAAAAAAUAAUCAAAUGUGAUUUAGAAAUUAAUUAAUUGAAGCAAGUGUGCAGUGUGUUGCUUAAUUCGCAAUAAUCUGUGGAGAAACAAUAAAAAUAAAGAUAUAAAAACUGCCGUUAGUUAGCAGGGGCUCACUAAAAAAACAACAUCAAAAAAAUUACAAGAGAUUAUAAAAAAUCAAAGUACCCACGCUACGAUUCAGCAAUGUAAACUCAUUCAUAACGAAAAUGUGAAAAUAAGCCAAACAAGUGUGAGACCCUAAAAAGCCGUGCUUCGCUGCCGCAACAACAGCAAUAACCUGCAGAGACUUUCAAUGGGAAAACAAUUAAAAUUUGCAUUCAUUAAGUGGUGGAAAAAUUGCAGCAACGUGAGCCACUAACACUUUAAUGCCACACCAUUAUCACUGCAACGCACCCCUCGAAAGCACUGGCAGAUCACCAAACCCAUAAUAAAUGUGGAUAAAAUGAGUAAAUAGCGUGGUUAAAGCUAGCAAUGAGCUGCAAUCGAGAUCUUAGCUGCUGCAGAACUACGCCGAACACCAAUAAAUAACGAGCCGAUACCCAAGCCGCACCGUCUAGCUGAUUGGUUGGUGUGCAAAAGAUGCGUUCGCUUACGUAAUCGAAAUCAAAGUGCAAGCAGCCAGCAGUUCCCGCUAACACAGCCGUGCCUAUAAGUGCGCUCAUGGCUAAGCGCGCCGUGGCUUCAUUUGACUAGACUGCAACUGCUACUCUUUCUCACCCGAAGUGCAAUUGACAUUUUCAUUCUUGGUGACUUCGUGCGCACGCGUGUGUGUGUGUGUGUGUGUGUGUGUUUGGAUGUGUGGCAAAGCACCGGCAGAUCGCUGAUUUAACUUUGCGAAAUCGAUUAGCACCGGCGAAACUUCAAAAGCACAGCAAGCAACAGGUGAAUAGUUGAAGGCAUAAUGGCUAGCGCGACUGGCGGUCGCGAUGCCAUUGAAUGUGAUGGCAACGCUUCUGCAAUGGCCAUAAAUAUGGCCGAGACUGGCAAAACAAACAAUUACAUGGCCAGCAGCAGAAAAAAUCGACACGAUGCCCACGGCAACAGUGAGGGGCCGAGCAAAAAACUAGAAUCAGCGAAAUUUGGGCAUACGAGUGGACGCACGGCUGAGGGUCUGCGUCGGCAAGCGACCAAAUAUCCACACGGCCUGAAUAUCAGCAUACAAACAGUGACCACUAAUGAACACCAGCACAACACCACUAGUAAUGGCAACAACAAUAACAGCAGCAAUAAUAAUAAUAGCAGUCUGCAUGCCAACAGCGACCUGAAUGCAAAUUAUGGCUACUCACGAGCUUCCACGCUGCGCAGCAGUUGGGGUGGCAACAACAAUGACAAACGGCAAACGAACAGCGAUUUGAAUGACAGCAUUAGACAAACCUCACAUGGCCGGGAUGCAGCGGUAACGUCGGACAACGGCCACCGCAAAUAUCGCAUUAGUAUGAUCAGUAGUCCGGAAAAUCUGGCCGAAUUGCAAAUGCGCCGCUACAAGUAUCCACUCACCGGCAACUACUAUCUGGACACACAAGAUGCGAUGAGCGUGAAACAGCCACCCCCGCUGCCGGUGCUGCGCACAUAUCUACAGCGCUUCGGUCGUUGGAAAUAUCUACGCUGGCCCAUUAUAUUUGUGGCGAGCACAUUGCUAUUCUUCGGUAUCAUCACCUAUUGCAUUUGGCUGCACGAUGUGAGUGUGGCGCGAGAGCGUUACCAGCGACGACGGCAGGAAGUUAGCAAGGAGGCGCAGUUAGCCGAUAAUGAAGCGCAGCUCAUCAACUUUGUUGCAAACACGUUGGACGUGUGGCAACGUGUUGAUGAAAGCAUUGCAACCACAACAAGUACUUCGGCAAUCAGCACCACCAAUUCAAAUGUAGCUAUAACCACAGACCACAAUCGGCAACACCUACAGGAAUCGACGAUUUUACGUGCAAUUAGCACUCAAGCGCGUCAACCACCGCCCAAGCAGCAGCAACUCACAACAUUCAAGUAUGUGGUGCCUUCGAAAGGUGUUGUCACCGGCGACAAGAAGCAGCACACCAAAGUGGCUGUUGAUAAGGACAGAGAUGAGACAAUGUCCGAAACCACGACAUAUGCCAGCGCUGAAGCGGCUCUGAUACCCACUAACGUGCUGCAUUACAGCGGUUUUAAUGGUCAUCAGAACAGCUUUGGUGUGCCCAUCGAAGAGGGUCACCGCAUUUUGAGGCUUUUUAAUAAUGGUCUUUCACCAGAUCAACCCUUUACCCCAACAACCAAGACUUUGGCUAAAGUAUCACCCACGAUACCACCGCUUGCAAAGUCUAAGCCCACACAUGCCAUGUCAUCAGGUUUUCGCACCACCGCACAAGAUAACGGCUGUUACUCAACCACGCUGCCGAUGUGUCAGGGUGUGCUGGACUAUGAUUUAACAUACAAUUCGACAACAAAAUUACAGCUUAACGAUCAACAAGCUUUUCAGCAACUAGUUCAUUCGAACUGUUCAACACGUGCGCUCGAGUUCAUUUGCGUCACACUAGAACCGGAAUGUAGACCUUCACAUAUUGGUAUAUUGCCACCUUGUCGGAGAAUUUGCAAAGCCGUACUUGAAGCAUGCUCCAUUGUCAUAGCCAACUGGGACGCGCUAAACGAACUGUUUGACUGUAAUAUCUAUCCCGACUCCAAUGAUCCGCACAAAUGUGAGGAUCCCACGAGAAGACGCGACUACUGUUACGACAAUGAGUUCGCCUGCUAUGACCGCACCUGCAUACCGCAGCAGUGGCAGUGUGACAACAUCAAGGAUUGCGCCGCUGGUGAGGAUGAAGAGAGCUGUUUGAUUUGCGAUCAUCAGGAUGAGUUCCGCUGCCGCUCUAAUGAGAAGUGUGUGCCCGAGUCGGUGCGCUGUGAUUUGAAAUACGACUGUUUCGAUGGUUCCGAUGAGGAGGAAUGUGAUGAGUAUGGUUCCGGCGAUGAAACAGCGGUCACUUUCGAUGAAGCCGCCUUAAAUACUUUUCCACGUAUAUUCUCAUACGCUAGCUUCCUAUCGCCCAAUCAAACUAAUGAAGGUUUAUAUACCUACAUCACGGCGGCCACCGAUGACGAGAACGGCACGAAGUUUCAAGUGCAUGAAAUCACCAAUCGCACAAGCGGCAUAUCUACGGAAGAGGUGACAAACAGUGUGCCCGGCGAUGGACCCAAAGGUUUCGUAAACUUCCGUGACAGCAAGGAAAUCAUGAUGACCAGCGACACGGAGAAUAAAUUCAAGUACUCCUCGGCUGCCACCACCUCACGCCUCGCCACAACAAAUCGCAACAAUAAUAGCUUGAUCAGUGGCGGCAAUAAAGUAUCCUUUGGUGCCACCACACCCCUGCAACCGGCAGCCUCAAUGCGCAUCGGCAUCACUACCGAACCGGCCAACACAUCCGCAGACGACAAAGAUAACGACGACAGCAAGCGCAAAAAACCAGCAAAUACUUGUGCGCCCCAUCAAUUGCGCUGUGUGAGCGGCGAGUGCAUCACAGUCAAUCAACUCUGCGACAAGAAAAUUGACUGUCCAGAUGGUGCUGAUGAGCUGAUGUGUAUCUACAAGGAGCAGCGCAGCUCGACAACAACAACAAUGCGCAGCAGCACAGACGGUCCUUCGAGCCGCAGCCGAAGUGUGCGCACGCAGUCGACGACGGCGGCGGCGACGACAAUACGUACGGAUAAACGCUCCUUGACACGUACGACAAUAAAGAGAAAGAUGGUGUAAGAAAUACGACUAGGUCAUCUUUACACUCCUGAAUUAUCGAACUGUUAUUCAUACUCUGGAAUCAAACGCAGAAACUUAGAACUUUUAUAGAUUGUUGUUGUUGCAGCGGCAGAAAUCUGCCGAAUUGACUAUACAUGGCCGGAUAAAAAUCCGGGUCCGUUUCGGUUACGUAGACUCGACUAUCUUGAGAACGAAAAAAAACAAAAUCCAAGGUAUUAUGUUAUUGCCUUGCGUCUGCUAUAAAUAUAACAAGAACAACUUAAAGCAUGGUGCUGUUACUUUGGUUAUAUAUAGAUACAAGCUUCGUUAUUUGGAUAGCUGGUAAACGAAAAAUCGAAAUAUACAUAUGAUAACAAGAAUCACCAUUUCAGUUUCAACGAUUAAAUUAUACCAUAUUCGAAUGCGAAUCUAGAAAAUCUUCGAUAAGCGAUUUUAUCAAAAACUUUUGAACCUGUGGGUGUUAACAUUGAAAACGCAAGAAAUUAUGUAAAUUAACGAAAUGUAGAAGUAAACUGGAUAAAAGAGGAAACAGAAUAAAAUCGCAGCGCAUUAAUUGGCACACGCUGAAACGUUUAAUUUUGAUUUGGAUCACUCAAAAAGUUUGCGAUAUUCGCCAACCGAUAAACCAGCGACAAGCGGCAGCUGUUUGUCGACAACUACCACCACCACACCUUCAUCGCAAUUAGUUGAUAUCAAUCACUGCGUCGGACAUUUCGGGCGUCAUUUUCAUGCUUUUCACAAAAUUCUCGAAUUUCUUAGCAAAAUGCAGCACAGUUGAACAGAAACAGUUAAUUAAAAGGAAAAGGGUUGAUAGUGUACGCAUGUUUAAAGAUUAACUCAGCAGCAGUGC